AUGGCCGAAUUGAUUUCCAUCCACGGAUGGGGUUAUCCGGCCCUCCGAACCUCCUCCACUUCUAACGACCCCGUGCAGAAACUACGUACAAACUCCGCGGAUGUCAGAUCUAUUUCUCCAAACAGGAAAAUCCCCAAGUCCAAGUCAACCAAUGCGCUGGCAGAUAUAAUAGCGGCCUCUGGUGUUCACGAAGUUUCCCGUGCUGCUCUUGAAGGACCCUCCGAACAUUCCCUUUCUACCCUGCGCGACCCUCGAGUUGCCAGCACUUCGGAUUUGUCGACCUCGGCUUCGUCACCACACCACCCAGAUUUGAGUAGCGAGGUCGCAAAUCUCAGCGACAAGCUCAUCCAAGCCCUUAACAGCCAGACUAUCUUAGAUGAUACUCUGGCAGCCACACGCCAGGAGUUGGAACAAGCGCUCAUAAGGAUUGGACAACUGGAGGAACAAACCCGCCAAUAUGAGGCAGAUAUCACUAAUGGGGUCCUAAUGAGGAGGGUGGACGUGGAAACCGAGUGGGCGAGGCUGAAGGAUGAAGCUGCUGAACAAAGAGCUCAGCGUGCAACUAUUGAAAAGGAAAAAAAGGCCAUUGAACUGGAGCUCGAAAAUCUAACGGCAGCGUUGUUUGAGGAAGCUAAUAAGAUGGUAGCCGCCGCACAAUUAGAACGAGAGAUUGUUGAGCGGCGAAAUGAACAGCUUCGAGCGCAAAUUAAAGAUAACGAAAUACUUCUUGCCUCUCAGCAGGAGCAACUGAGCGAGUUGAAAGUCGUCAUACAGAAUAUGAAUACUGAUCAGGACGAGAUUCGCAGUCGAACGGAUGCUUCCACUACACCUUCUUCUCCAGGCACAACACAUCAACAUGUUAGUACCAUAGAUCGCCUUUUGGAGGCAAUGAACCUCACACCUACCGCCCCUGGCUCGGGUGAAAUUUGCCCAGCCCCCUCAACAAGUUACUCACACUUAAUGAAACCGGUCUGUCGAACCGAUAUCCAAUCUUUCGAGGAUUUCCGUGCGAUGAUCCAUGGAGCUAGAAGUUCUAAGCCGUCAAGUAGAAUUGGGAGUGGAUCAUAUGGAGGAUUGAAUGUUAUGGGAUUCGGCAAUUUCACCGGCAAUAAGGAAAGCGAACACAAACACUCGUAUUCCAAUGGUUCGGCAAUGUCUCUCCCGAGCUUUCCCGGUUCUCCUAACAGUAAUUCGCCGCCUCGCGAAUCGUACGCAGCUGUGUUAAAGGAAAGCCGAUUCUACAAAAGAGCACUUACCGAGGAUAUUGAACCCACGCUCAGGCUAGAUGCUGCACCCGGAAUAUCGUGGUUAACCCGUCACAACGAGAACGCUCAACGCUACCCGAUGUGUACGAUUUGCUUAGAAAGGCUCAGAUCUUGCUGCGAUUUCGUUGGGUAUCUACGACUCAUCGUCGACGGCCACGUUCGCAUUUUAGAUGAAGAAGACGAAAAGGAAGCAUGGGAAGAGACUAUCCGCCUCCGAGAACGAAUGUUCUGGGCUCGGAUAGGCGGAGGAGUCGUUCCUGCUUUCCUUCAGUCGAAAUGCCCCGAUAAGGACAGUUCUGCUCCCAGUAUUGAUACGGCUUACCAAAAGUGCGAAGAUAAAACGGUGUCUGUGGAAGAUCCCUUUGCUCCUGAUCUAAACGCAGUCGCGAAUUGUACCUCUCAAGUGAGAAUGGAUGCAUUUCAAGCCCGAGAGUCCGACGGACCUGAUGAGAUUAACAACACCGACUCCGGAAUUGGAAUUGGUUUAACAAACUUCCCAACUAAUGCUAAUGAAAAUGAACUUCCUUUUCAAAGGCUUUCUUUGAGCGAAUCAACCGCCAAGGCUAACAUUGACACGAAAAUUUUCCAACUACACGAAUCAGAUUCUUCCAGGCCAAUGGCACCAUCGAACAAUAGUGCUGGAUUGGAUCCGCAAUUAAAAGUUACGAUGCCUAACAAAACAGAGCUUUGA